GUGCGCGAUCGCCCUUUUCCUGGAGAAAGUGAAACGACAGUGUCUUUCCCUCCAAAAGAACCAAUUGGCGCGCAACGGAAGCGCCAAUGCUGCAAAAAAGGAAAAAUUAGGGCAGAGGUUUCUUACUCAAGGAAGAAACGCACAAACCCUAAUCCUGAAAAGCCAUCCCAUCCGCUCUCUUCCCGUUUUCGCUCGUCGAUUACCUUGAAUCAGGUCGGAAUGGCGGGAGGUGGCAGCAUUAAGUCGAACCCAACGAAAGCAAGGAAGAGGGUGGAGGCCGACAAUGGUGCUUCUGCUGCUUCCAUGGUUCGCGCCAGGGACGGCAGCGCAUUUACCAGAUGUGAAGAGUGCAAGAAGGACGUGGCUGUGGCGCUCAUCGGUAUGCAUAGUUGCAGCCUUGACGCCAAAAUCAAGAUGAACUUAGAGGCUCAAGUCCUUGAAAACGCCGCUGAUGUUAAGACUACGAAGAAGAAGGCAGUCGAAAGGAACACUGGGGAAGUGGAAGAUCCGAAGGCAAAGAGAGCCAAGAAAGAGAAACGGGCUGCCAAAGAUCCAAAUAAGCCCAAACGCCCUCCUACUGCCUUUUUCAUCUUCAUUGGUGCCUUCAGGAAAGAAUACAAGGAAGCAAAUCCUGACUCUAGGGAUGUUAAGAAGAUCGCCAAGGAAGCUGGCGAGAAGUGGAAAUCCAUGACCGAUGAAGAGAAGAAACCUUACUUGGAUAAGGCUGCUCAGCUUAAGGCUGAACAUGGAAAGACCUCUGGUGAUAGCAACGAUGCUGAAAAUGGAGCUGCAGCAGAUAAGGAGGGUGAAGAUGAUGAUGAAGAGGACACAAAGGAGGAGGAAGAGGACCCAAAUAAGGAAGAUGCUGCAAAGGAUGGGGUAGAAGAUGAAUCUGGUUCAGAGUAGUAUCUACUACAUAAUUUCUCAUGCUUUAGCGCUUCUUUUGUAAAUGUUCUCUAUGUCACUCAGCUCAUGUAGUUUAGUUGGGUGGUUGGCUUGUGGGUCCUUUCUCAAUGUAGCUAGUUUGUUAGUGUUAAAUGCUGGUUGAUCCUUAUCUUGAAGAAGCAGGUUUUGUUGUCAUCAUUAGUUUAUCAUGCGAGUGCAAUGCUGGUUACUGUGAUUCAUAUCUUGAAGAAGCAGGUUUUGGUAUCAUCUUUAGUUUAUCAUGUGUGCUGAAUUGGGUAUAAGUUGCUGUUGGUUCUUGUUCUACCUCAACCAAUCGGAAUGCGGGUUUUGCUUGUACCAAUUAUGGCAAUGGUGG